AUGAGGGAAGGGAAUAAAUCUCGUGACUAUACUGGUGAAGAAAUCGAGAAAGAAUUAGAGUUGAUGGGGUUGGAUGUCGAUGAAUUUGCAGAUGCUUUCAUAUAUUUGUUGCGUAAUCAAGCUGAUGCUAGGACAAUUUUUAGUUCUUCAAUGAAGAUGAGAAAGAUAUUUCUAAGAAAGACGAUGGAUGGAGCUAAAAAAACCGUAGAAGGUCGAAGAAAAACAGCAAGAAAUCUGGCCGAUAAAAUUCGGAAGAUCUCCGGGGACAAUUUAAGAUUGCAAGGGUCGAUCACUCCAAACACUAUUCACCACCACCACCACCACCAGCACCCGAUUGUUUCAGUUUUCGCUACAGGUGCUCAGGAAUCCAGGGUUGAUUUUCUUUUAGAUAAUGGUGCUUAUGCCGGACGACUUUUUAACUGA